AUGAGUAGGUAUACAUCGUCCGAAGACUUAACAUCUUCAAAGUAUAUUCCUAAAUAUGCUCAGCAACAACUCCAAGAUAAGUUCUAUAGAAGUUCACAAGUUAAUCCGAACUUCAGUAGUAACAAUUUAAGUAACUUACAACAUAAUAAUUACAAUAAUAAUAAUAAUAAUGGUGGCAAUCGGUUCCCUCAAAUGGAAGGUCAUAGUCAUAAUGGAACACCAUUGAGCGCUCAUACACCAAAGUUUCCUCCUCAAAGCUUAUCUGGCUCACCAGAGACAACCAAUCCUUCAUCACCGCGUGGAAACAAUAACAAUAUUAAUAGUGGAUCUCAUUUCCAGUUCAAUUAUCCACUGUAUCCUCCCACGCCUCCGUUAUCCAGUGCGUCUACUCCUGAUUUACCCCUACUGGCCCUUCAAUUGAAUGAACAAUUGGAAUCGUUAUCCAAGGCCCAAAAGAGUAAAAACGGGCUACUUCAUCAUUAUGACCAUUCACGUUCUUCAUCAUUGGCUUCUUGGAGGUCAAAAUUGACUCGUAUUAUUCCUCCAAUAGAUAAAAAAAUUGUGUUCUUGUGUACCAAUUGGUACUUGUUUUCUAUUGUUUCAUCCAAUUCCACCAAGAUGAUUCUUUCCAACUAUAAAUACCCAAUUACUUUGACUCAAAUGCAAUUUCUUUUGAAUGGGAUCUUUUGUGUGUGUCUUUUGCAAGUCCUCUUCUUCAUCCCGCAAUCAGCUACUAGAAUCUUCCCUAAAGGAUCCAUCCCAAACUUCGAUCAAAUAGGCAACUUGCAACAGUUUUUCACUCCGACGAAAUUGAUUAUUUCAACCACUCUACCCAUGGGGAUGUUCCAAUUCAUAGGUCACAUUACUUCUCAUAAGGCAACCAGUAUAAUCCCCGUGUCUAUGGUUCAAAUCAUCAAGACUCUUUCUCCCAUAGUUACUAUUGCAAUCUAUCUGGUGCUUUACAAACGCAAGUUCCGCACUACCACAUAUAUUACUUUGGUGCCCUUAAUCAUAGGAAUUAUGAUUACUUGUUAUAAACCCAAAAAAGUCAUGCAACAAGAAGAUUCUUAUUUAAAGGGGUUAAUCUAUGCAUUCAUAUCAAUGCUUAUUUUUGUUAGUCAGAAUAUCUUUGCUAAGACAAGAUUAACGGUUGAUGCCAAUAAAAAUGGCACCAAGAUUGGUGAUAUCCCCAUGAAAUCUCAAGAUAUAACUCAGAAAAAAGUUGAUAAGUUAACCAUACUUUUCUAUUGUUCCAUGAUUGGAUUCAUCUUCACUUUCCCAGUGUAUUUAAUAAGUGAAUUGAAGAAUGAUAAAUUCAGUUUAUCUCAGGUGGAUAGUUACAUUACCCUGUUGGUUCUUGUGAAUGGAUUUAGUCAUUUCAUGCAAUCGCUAUUGGCAUUUCAAAUCUUGGGUUCUAUUUCUCCAAUCAAUUAUUCCAUUGCCAAUAUUCUUAAGAGAAUCUUUAUUAUCUUGGUGGCCUUUGUGGUGGAACUGAAAAACUUUUCUCGUUCCCAAACUUGGGGGUUGGUGAUAACCUUGAUUGGCUUAUAUAGCUAUGAUAGAUGGGGAGCGGUCCACUGA